AUGAAGACAGACGAGGACCGGUAUGCCGAACGGGUCACCUCUACGGUGCUCGCUCCUCUCCGCCAGCGCCUGGUCCUGCUUCCAGACACCGAAAAGCUUGCAAUCCUCCAACAAGCCAACCAAGCCAUACACGGGAGUGAUAGUAGGGCCAGAGCAGCCACAAUUAUCACACAGCUUGAACGACUGAAUCCAGACGUUGCCAGAGAAUUUAGACCCAAGGAGGAUGCGGUGGCUAAGUUAAAUCUCCGGAUGAUAUGCUCCACGUCGGCUCCCAGGGCAUCUUCGUUUGUUGCUAUCAGUUACUGUUGGCACAAAACCGACUGGCCACUCCCUCCCGCCGCCACGCCUGUUUCUCCCGGGUGGGAAAUUUCGGAACGCAUGAUGAAAGCAGUACUGAGUCUUGAAUCUCUCCGAGAGAGCCCCGACGUGGAAUCGCUUGUAUGGCUAGACAAACUGUGUAUCAACCAAACCGACGGGGCCGACAUAAUUGCUCACCUUGGAGCCAUGGACCUCAUCUAUCGCUCUGCUCGCCGGGUCGCGAUUCUCCUGGAAGACGUGCAGCUUACUUCCGAUGAGGAGGCAGCCGGGGGAGCCUUUGCGCGGUUCUAUCAGUCAAUGUCAGACGAUGUAAAACAUCGCGGAUUGGUCGGGGAAGAAAGAAGCCGCUUUAUCGACGAGUACUUCCCUCGCGAGUCACAAAAGCUCGAGCCCAAGAUUCUAGCAGCGGUGAAACCGUUUGCUUUGAAGAUGCUCAACGCACGGUGGUACAGUCGAGCCUGGUGCGCUCACGAGUCCCGCAUGAUGAAGCACCAGAAGAUCAACAAUCCCCUUUUUCUGUGUUUUGGGGCCAACGGAGAAGUCUUGUCUUUUGAGUUUCGGUUCAUCCACUACCUUGGCCUGUACCUGCUUGAACUUGAACCCGCCCCGCCACUUUUCCAGCAAAACCUCAUGCAAUCCAAUAACAGCCCAACAUCCCUGCGUCAACUCUGGAACAGGAUACAACUCCUUAUGCCGGACCGAGGCUCGAGGGUUUCAUCUAUGCAGCACCUUGUGAGUGUCCUCGCGUCGGAAUGCUGGAAAAAGGGCGACCUGAUGUCCAUCGCCCUCAACACCGCCGGUAUCCCGUUGUAUUAUGCCGGCGAUGGCGCUCUGUGCGUCGAAGAAGUGAUCUGGAAGUUCUCCCUGUUGGUCUUGGCCGCUGGAGACUUGUCCCCUCUUGUCACGGCAGGCAAGAUGCUCAGGAUUCCCACCACCAAAGGGCCCGUUCUUUCCUGGGCCAUUGCCCCAGAUCAAGGGGUCCUCGAUGACGAACUAUCGGAUCCUCGCCCAGGCUCUAUUACCGCUGUCGCGAGGGAGUACAUCGAGCUGGACCUGCUUCUGUUUGAGUCUCGUCCACAACAAGCCUCUGACAGUUCCCGGGAGCAGGCGGGUCGUCUAAUCGAGGAACACGGGCUUGAUACCGUCGCAGAUCAAUUGCUCGACUCACUCGAGGUAUCAACUCAGUCUGUCAUCCGACGGGUUACAGGUGAAAUGGACCGCAACAGGAGUGAAAUUGGCCACUCGCUCUCCCUACAGAGUCUUCGGCACAAUCUUCUAGCUUUGGCACUCGACAAUGGUCUGGAUUGGUUCUUGGAGUUUCCGACCGCGAUGGAAACAUCAACCGUAACGUGGAUGCAUGGCACGCUAGGAACGUUCACUAGCCCGUCUGUGAUCGCAGCCGCUCAAUCAUUGCUGGUCCUCUUAUCGUCGGCCACUGGCAACGCCAGGCCUCGAGACGCAGACCAUGACCAAGAAGUGGUUAAACAAUUAGCCCUCGCCCUCACCACCCUUCUCGAUCCCCGUUUAUACCUUCUCACACCCAAUCCUCGCCGUGUCCCUGUCCUCCCCAAGGGUUCCAACGCUAGAUCCGCCAUCCUUACUCCAUCUCCUAGCAAUCGCUCUUACAUCGCCGUUCCCACGUGCUUAGCCCACCUCCCAGGUUGGUUUGACCGAGCAUGGGUCAUUGAGCCGUUCGAUCCCGCGACAUCUGGGAAGCCGGAAACGAACCUUGAACUCGUGAUGCCUGUGAUGGGUUCGGAUCAUGAAGAUCGGAGGGCGCCUUGGGGCACGGGUUCUUGGAAAAAGAGGAGGAGGCAAAUGGUGUUUGGGGCGCAUCAGCGGUUAUUUGAGGCGGAAGAUGGCGUGCAGCCAGGGGUGGUGCUGUUGCGUCGACAGAAGGUGUACGGAGUCGAAGAUUACCCCUGGCGGGAGAUCAACUUGGCCAUGAGGCAAGCCGACGUGAAUAAGGCGGUGAGUGGGAUAAAGCCAGCAUAG